CCAGGAAGGAAUCUUUCUGCUUCACCCUUCACAUUUGUUGAUGGCCUGGCUGAUGGAAAGAAAGAGGAAACUUUGCACUUAUGGAGAUUCAGAAAAGGCAAGUGAGUUGCUGCAGGUCAUUCAGUCUCUGUAAGAGGCAGAUCCACAAUUGGAACUGAUACUGGGCUGGCUCCUAAGCCUUGCCCUCCUCAGCCUCAUGUUCUGAGACAAGGGUAAUCUCUGGGUUUGAGUUUGACAUGAGGUGGACGCAGGCUGCUGGUGGUCAGGUAAGACCCAAUUCUGGUCUGAAAGCUUUUAAGAGCUUUCUAACUCCUCUACUGCAACCACUGGGGAGGGCAGAGCCAGGCCUCAGGGAGGGGCCGUUCCCUUUCCUGUGAGGCCACUGGUGACUAGAAUCCAGGACUUGUCACACCGUGUGCAUGCUUUACUGGACUUUUUAAGGUCAUUAUAAUUUGUCUGCACUGCUGGAUGCCGUGGAAGGCAGUGGUGUAACCCCAGCCCUCACUGUCCUUCUCUGUCUUGAUGAGCUUUGGGGAAAAGGGAAGAUAUGAGAUUUCCCUCCCAGGUCAUGGCCCCUUGGGAGACCCCAGGGACUCAGGAGGCUCAAGGGGAGGCUGAGCCUCUGGGGAAAGGAGAGAAUAUAUAUAGCACCAUGCAUUUCUCCCAAGUCUUUUCCUGGCUCUAAGAUCAAAUGGGGCAAGCCACAGAAUAACCUGAUGCUCACCCCUGCGGUGUUGGAGAAAGGGGAAGGAGUAUAGCCUGGCCUUGAAGUGUGAGUGGUUGCUCUUCCUGUAAAAGGAAGAGUUAUCAUCAGACUGAUAUUACCGGUCUUUUAAGAGGGCUUCUCAGCCCAGGCUGUUCCAUGACCAGGAGGCUUCUGUCCUCACAGGAAAGUUGUCUAUUUAGCAGUGCUGCAUGCAGGAGGUCUGGGCUGAGACACUGCCAUGAUCCCCAGGCUCAUUGUCCUACUUGCCCUCGGAUUUUGUCUGGAUCAGAAGAUUUGUGCCCAAAAUGGGAUCAAGCCCUCCAUCUGGGCAGUGCCAGAUACUGUGGUUCCCCAGCACAGUUCUGUGACCAUCCUCUGUAGCGGACCUACAGGAAUGACUUAUAUGCGUCUGCAAAGAGUAGAAUCCCGAGAGUGGGAUGAAAAACCCCCAACUGGAGCCAAGGAGGUGGUCAAUUUCUCCUUCCAGAAGGUGACACAAUUUCAUGCAAGGACUUAUUACUGUAGAUACAUGAAGGAAGGAACCUGGUCAAGACAAAGUGACCCACUAAAGCUGGUGGUGACAGGAGUCUUCAAGGGCAUACCCUAUCUGACUGCUCAUCCAGGCCCCCGUGUGACCCUAGGAGGGAAUGUGACCCUCCUUUGUCACUCAGAUCAUCACUAUGACAGCCUCCAUCUGUACAAAGAUGGAAGAAAAGCCUUGGGCUAUUUCCAUCAGGACCGUAACACCUUCCUCAUCUCCCCUGUGACUCUGACCAGUGAAGGGAUCUACACAUGCUAUGGUUCUUCUAGACAAAACCCUCUCCUCUGGUCACUGCCCAGCAAACCCCUUGACCUUGUGGUCACAGAUCCAUAUGGUCUUGAGCAAGGAUACAGUCACGUUGUGAUUGGGGUCUCGGCUGCCGUUGUCUUUAUUUUCCUCUUCCUCCUCCUCUUUCUUCUUUGCCGUUGGUAUCAUGCCAAACACAGAGCUAUUGAUGGUGAGACCAAGAACCAAGUCAAGUAUAACAGCUCCAGCCCAUCUCUGGAUGUCCAGGAAGAAAAUCAAUAUGCUACCAUUAAGGACAUCCAACCUGAGGAGUAUGAACAGAUGGAUACGCAGGUCCCCAAAGCAGAAGACCCCAAAGAAGUGACAUAUGCUGUGUUGCAACAGGAAAACCUUAUAAGGAGUGUGGAUGUCCCGUCCUCCUGCACCCUCAGGGAUGCCUCUCAACAGCCCUGUGUGUAUGCCACCCUCACCUUGCCCUGGCUGUGCCUGGGGAAGGUGAUACAAGCGCAGAAGGCCCCUCUCCCCAAGCCCUCCCUCCAGGCCUCCCCCAGUGCCCUGGUACCUCUGGGGAAGUCGGUGAUCGUCCAAUGCCGGGGGCCUCCAGGCGUAGACUUGUACCGGCUGGAAAAACUGUCAUCUGGGAAGUAUGAGGAUCGGGCAGUCCUUUCCAUUCCGGUCAUGAGGGAGAGUUUCGCUGGACAGUACCGCUGCACCUAUCAGAACGGGACUGUGUGGUCUCCAUCCAGUGACCUGUUGGAUCUGGUUGCUAUUGGAGGUUUCUCCAAGCCCUCACUGUCAGCCUUGCCCAGCUCAUCAGUGUCCCAAGGAGGGGAUGUGACCCUAUGGUGUCGGACCCAAUUUGGCUUUGACCGCUUUGCUCUGUACAAGGAAGGAGACCCUGGGCCCUCCAAGAGCCCUGAGAGGUGGUACCAGGCCGAAUUCCCCAUCAUCACUGUGACUGCUGCCCACAGUGGGACCUACCGGUGCUACAGUUUUUCCAGUUCAUUUCCAUACUUGUGGUCACAUCCCAGUGACCCCCUGGUGCUCGUGGUCACAGGAACCUCUGUGACUCCUAGCUGGUUACCCACAAAGCGACCUACACCUGUAUCAGGGACUUCUAAGAACAUUGCUGUCUUUUCAACGGAGUCAGGUUCUCCAACCGGCCUUGCCCACCAGUACUACACCAAGGGCAAUUUGGUCCGGAUAUGCCUUGGUGCUGUGAUUCUAGUACUCCUGGUGGGUAUUCUAGUAGAAGAUUGGCACAGCCGGAAGAAACUCCUGGUGCACAGAGUCAGAGCUGUCCAAAGACCACUCCCACCACUCCCACAGACCCCAAAACCACACCAGUUAGGACAGAGGUCAACCAGAUAGUCAUAGCCAUGGGUGCCACAAUUAGAAUCAUAGGCAUGGUCAUACUUAAGAGAUAGAUCGUGUGAGUGCGGAGAGAAAGAAGGUAGAGAUUUCAGAUGAGAAAAGGAAGGUCAUGUUACUUCUUGGUGGCUCCCAACUUGGAUCUGCUCCAUCAAGUAACAGUGUCUAUAUAAGAAUUCUAUUUUGGAGCAACAGGAAUCUAGCAGAGCUUCAACUCUCCUCGCUGGUAUUUCACACAUUUGUAGAUCUCGCAACGCUGUCCUCUUAUUUCCGCCCUCUCUAUUAUGGG